UAAAUGAAUAGUUCAAUGACGCGUGUCCCCACCAGUAUCACCACUACUCUCCUUUAUAUACUUCACCAGACUCACUCACUCAUAUAUAUAUACACUUGCAUCAUUUGGAAUGUAAACCACAAGAAAAGAAAAUACAACGAGAACAAAAUGGGUUGCGAAAGACUCGGAACCUCCAAAACAAGUUGUUCGGUGAGAACCACCACAGCUCUGGCUCCGAACAUAAACCAUGUCCCCAUGUCAGCACAACCGACAAGAAAGAAGCUUCUAAUGUCUUUAAUCGUCGUAGCCUUCACACUAAUGCUCCCCGCCUCAGUAUUCGGAUCACAACUCAAAUCCCCCCAGCACGUCCCAGGCCUAGCUCGGAAACCAAGCCAAGCAAUCUCAAAAGCUUGCGACUUGGCUCGUUUCCCAGAACUAUGCGUUGACUCACUCAUGGACUUCCCCGGCACACUCGCCUCCUCUUCCGACAACAACCUGCUCCACGUGACGGUGAACAUGACGCUCCACCACUUCAACCGCGCACUCUACUCAUCCUCCUCUUUAUCUGUCCUCGACAUGCCCCCACGUGUCCGCUCAGCCUACGAUGCAUGCAUCGAGCUGCUAGACGAUUCCGUCGACGCGCUCUCACGCGCACUAUCCUCCGUCUCCGGCGGCCAAACGAAGCCGCAAGACGUGAUGACAUGG